AUUGCCCCUAAUGGCUAAUGCUCCCACCACCCUUCAUCUAAACGCCUCUGCUCUUUCUAUCUUGUUCUGGUCUAUAGUUUGUCUGAUAUAGCAGAAUGGCUGCUUCUGCUGCUUCAUUUGGUGUCGUGUACUUGUUUGUUGUGGUGAUUUCGAUGUUGGGGAGCAGUACGUACGCUGAUCUCUCCAAAAAUUUCUACUCGAAAUCGUGUCCGAAGGUGUUCACUGCGGUUGAGUCGGUAGUUAAAUCGGCAGUGUCGAAAGAGCACCGCAUGGGUGCCUCACUCGUCCGAUUGUUCUUCCAUGACUGUUUUGUCAAAGGUUGUGAUGGGUCACUACUCCUCGACGACACUGCUUCUUUCACGGGGGAGAAAACUGCGGGUCCCAAUAAUAAUUCGGUGAGAGGAUUCGAGGUCGUCGAUGCCAUUAAGGCACGGGUGGAGAAAGUUUGUCCUGGUGUAGUCUCUUGUGCUGAUAUCUUAGCCAUUGCAGCUCGGGACUCCGUUGUUAUUCUCGGAGGGCCCGACUGGGACGUUAAGCUCGGAAGAAGAGAUUCAAAGACCGCCAGCUUCUCCGCUGCAAAUAGCGGUGUCAUCCCCCCUCCGACUGCCACCCUCAGCCAACUCAUCAAUAGAUUCAAUGCACGAGGCCUUUCUGCCAAGGACAUGGUUGCAUUAUCUGGGGCUCACACGAUCGGGAAGGCAAGGUGCGUGCUCUUUAGAAAUCGGAUAUACAACGAAACGAACAUCGAUGGCUCAUUUGCGAAGACAAGGCAAAGAAGCUGCCCGAGAACCAGCGGAUCUGGUGACAACAACCUUGCACCACUAGACGUGAAAACCCGGAAUUCUUUCGACUUGAAAUACUUCAAAAACCUCUUAAACAAGAAGGGUCUGCUCCACUCAGACCAGAUACUCUUCAAUGGCGGAUCCACGGAUUCGUUGGUUAAAACAUACAGCAGCAACGUGAAGACAUUUUAUUCAGACUUUGUUACUGCGAUGAUAAAGAUGGGAAAUAUUACGCCACUCACCGGAUCUAAGGGUGAAAUCAGGAAGAACUGCAGGAGGCCUAAUUAACUAUUUGUAAAUCCAAUCCAACAAAACAAAGAAAAAUUAUUCCACCAAAAUAAAGCAU